AUGGACGAGAAGGUAAUCGUACCGGGCACUAUUGAAUACAAUGGUAUAACAUUACCCCCACUCGUUAUUACAAAGAUUUUAGAAUCACCAGAUAUUGUGAAAUGUCGUGAUGAUGACGUGUUCGUUGUGAGCUAUCGGAAGGUGUACAUUAUAGUGCGACAACCAAUGCAACUGUUUAUGCAUAUCAUGAAACUGUUACAGUGGAUUCUACCACGUUUCCUACACCUUGAUAACUAUGUAUUUGUACCCCCAAUCCAUGCAGUAUCUGCAUUCGAUGGACUGCGACAAAUAGAGCGAAUACCUUCACCAAGACUCAUCAAGUCACAUCUUCCAUACAAAUUCUUUCCCCCACAAGCCCUUGAAAAGAAAUGCAAGAUUAUCUAUGUUGCUCGUAACCCCAAAGACACAGCAGUGCCGUUGUACUAUAUGAUGAAACUUAUGCCUGUGUUCGGAAUUUUUUUUCAAUCUUGGAACCAUUUUUAUCAGUUAUUUAGCUGUGGUAAAGCUGGAUGUGGUGACUGGUUUGAUCACCUGCUGGACUGGCAUAAACACAAAGAGGAAGAUAAUAUUAUGUUUCUAAAGUAUGAAGAUAUAAAGAAGGAUAUCAGGGCUACUAUAAAGAAAAUUGCUCUGUUCCUAGAUAUUGAAGUCACCGAUGACGUCAUGCAAAGAAUUGUGGAAUAUUCUUCCAUUAAGAAAUGA